AUGCCGGGCUAUGAAAGCGAUCGGUUUGUAGGGCUAAGCGUCGCCGACAUACAGGAGCUGUCGUGCAGUAUAUGUCUCAACGUAUUUCGGGAUCCCGUGGUCUCCCAGUGCUGUCGACAGACCUUUUGCAGGGAUUGUAUCACUGAUUGGCUCCGAGAAAAUGCUGCCUGUCCUUAUGAUCGGAAAACCCUAACUGUAAAUGAACUACAUAAGCCACCAAGGGUAUUUGAGGUAAUGUUUGGCAAACUUGAGAUUAAAUGUCAGUUCAGUAGUAAUGGGUGUCCAUCGGUGGUACCAUUGGAUCAGUUGUCACAACACGUGGACUCGUGUCCAUACGAUGCGUCCAAAUGUGGGAAAUGUUUUUGUGAACAAACCUCUGGACACGACUGCAUACAGGCGUUACUCGCACUCAAUCGGACGGCUAAUAACGAGAUUAAGACAUUAAAUUUGAAACUUGAUUCUUAUAUGACCAGGGUGUUAUAUGCUGUUAAUAUACCGCAACCUAGCACAAGUAUUCCUGUAUCAAUUGAAUCAAUACUAACGACUGCCAGGAGUGAGAGGUUUAAUGCAGUGAUCUUUGGGUGCGAUAUGAAGGAUGACUUCCGGCACAAAGUACUCGUUAUAGUGGCCGAGGAGUUGAUGAAUGACAUCCAAUUAGGAAAGGUAUGCAAAAAUAUUGUCCACAAAUUGGACCAAAAAUUUGGUGGUUAUUGGAACUGUAUCUGUGAUCACAAAGAUGGAGUAUCCAGGUAUUUUACUUACCUGAAUGGUAGCUGGAUCAGGUGCAAAAUCGGCCAGCUCACAUUUGAUAUUUAUAAG